GAACCCCGGGGACAUGCGGCGAAGAGCGUUCGCCAUGCUGAUAGAGAGGGGGGGCAGAGAGAAGGAGACAGCAGGCGGGAGAGUGAUGGAGAUGCAGAAGUAGGUUAGAGGGAGCAACGGAGAGGAGGAGAUGUACUUUCUGGGAACACAAGGCAGUGAGCAAUAAAAGGGCGGGAAGGCUGUGCUGUUUGUGUUGAGCUUUGUAGUCCGAGUUCGACAUGGCACAACAAGAGUUCUCCCCAUGCUCGGACUGUGGGACGUUGCCUUGCAAGAGACCCAAGAGAGUGUUGGACGACUGCUGCUCGUGCUCGGGGGAAGUUUGUGGGGACCCAGCAUGCCCUGCGAUCGAGUUGAUCACUUGCGAAGCUUGCAACAGAGGAGACAACGAAAUGCAGCUGAUCCUGUGUGACGGCUGCGAUCAUGCAUGCCACCUGGCUUGCAUGGAUCCGCCCGUAGGUUUUGUGCCGGAAACGUGGUUUUGCCGCCGGUGCUUAUCAGCAUCGUUGAAACUGCAUGAUUCCAGGGACCGGAGGAUAGGAGGCCAAGCACUUUGUAAAUCCGUAAAUGAUUUCUACAGACAAGACAUCUCCUGGCAAUCAGGAAGUUUUCCACAGCCCUCAGAGAUUUUCAAGAGCGCAAUCAUGAACAUUAGCCACCAUGAUCACGAGUCGAGCCCCAGGGGGCUGAGUUGCAAGUGCAAGAGGAGUCGAUGCAUGAAGAAGUACUGCGAAUGCUUUCAGAACAGCUCUGCCUGCACAUCUAGAUGCACGUGCAAUGACUGCGGGAACACCAUCUCGGAGAGGAUGCGGAAGCCUGGGACCUUCCAAGUCCGCGCUUCCUCCACCUCCCCGACCAACGCCCCAGAGCCCGAUGUAGAGGUUGUGCAUGUCGCACCCAAGACGGUCAAGCCAUCGAGCUACAGCAGGUGGAGGCUGGAGAAUCAACUCAAGGAGAGGGAUAGGUCGCCGCUGCCGCACGAGCUGCCAAGGGAGGUUCAGCUACUUGCAGCAGAGGCUUACACUCGGCAACAAGCCUUGCAGCAUCAGAGCCUCGGCGGCAGGAUGUCGAAUCGAUCUUCUCUUCCUUGACCCACGGCCACUGUCAGACUCACUUGAAUGUCGACACUCAGUCACUGUGAAAGCCGCCAGUGCCCCCGAAUUGAAAAGUUUCUGUCACAGCACUGUUAGCAUGCAACACUCAGUGACUGAUUUCGGAAGUUCUGGCAGCCGCUGAGCCGCUGAGCAUCAGACCCUUGCCAAGUUGAAAGGCUUAGUUUAAGUUACCGUGACUCAGUGAUCAGUGUAGUAUUUAGUAGAUAAAAUCCUUCAGGUCAC